AUGAAAACUCCCCUGAAGCGCUCUUCCUCCUCCCGCUUCACCACACGGCCGGCUGCAGCGGGAGGGCUGAGAGCGGCAGGUGGGCCGCGGGGGUGGGGAUUCAAGGGGCUCUUCUGGAACGGUUUUAGGGGAGAACGACCCCGUUGUGCUGGGAGCGUCGCGCUGUGCGUGCUGCGUCAGGCCGUGCGCCGAGCCGGCGAGGUGCGGGCAGCGUGGCUGUGCCCGGUGGUGCGGCGUGGGGCCCGCCCGCCGCGCCCCCUCCUGCCCCGCAGCUGCAUCAUGGCGGAUUCGGGCUCAGGGGACAAGGAGGAAGCGGCGCCGGCCCCUAAGAAGCGGCGGCUGGCGGGCGGAGAGCGGUACGUGCCGCCGCCGCGGAAGCUGAGCACGGGGGUGAGUUUCGGCGCGGAGCACUUCGCUGAGACCUCCUACUACUUCGAGGGGGGGCUGCGGAAGGUGCGACCCUACUACUUCGAUUUCCGCACGUACUGCAAGGGCCGCUGGGUUGGCCGCAGCCUCCUGGACGUCUUCAGCACCGAGUUCCGCGCACAGCCCAUCGAUUACUAUCGCGCUGCCGCCCGCGCCGGCCGCCUCCGCCUCAACGAGGAGCCCGUGCGAGACCUGGACAUCGUGCUCAAGAACAAUGACUUCCUCAGGAACACUGUGCAUCGCCAUGAGCCCCCAGUCACUGCCCAGCCCAUCCAGAUCUUGGCGGAGGACAGUGAGGUGGUGGUGGUGGACAAGCCCUCCUCACUGCCCGUGCACCCCUGCGGCAGGUUUCGGCACAACACCGUCAUCUUCAUCCUGGGCAAGGAGCACCACCUGCAGGAGCUGCACACCAUCCACCGCCUGGACCGCAUGACCUCGGGGGUGCUCAUGUUUGCCAAGACUCUGGAGGUAUCUAAGAGGAUGGAUGAGCAGGUUCGGGAGAGACAGCUGGAGAAGGAGUACGUCUGCCGUGUGGUGGGGGAGUUCCCAGAGCACGAGGUGGUCUGUGAGGAGCCCAUACUGGUUGUCUCCUACAAAGUGGGGGUGUGCCGUGUGGACCCCAGGGGCAAGCCCUGCCAAACCCUCUUCCAGAGGCUGAGCUACAACGGCAGGAGCAGCGUGGUCAGGUGUGUUCCCCGUACCGGCCGCACGCACCAGAUCCGUGUCCACCUGCAGUUCCUGGGGCACCCCAUCCUCAACGACCCCAUCUACAACAUGGAUGCCUGGGGCCCCCAGAGGGGUAAGGGGGGCAAGGUGGAUAAAACAGAUGAGGAGCUCCUGAAGGCGCUGGUGGAGGAGCACCGUUGGAAGCAGAGCCUGGACAUCCUGGGUGUCUUGGAGGAAGACUUGAGCUCCAGUGCUGAGGGUAAGGAUUGUGAUGAUCCAAGGGACUGGACAAAGCCUGUGCAGGCUGAUCCCGUCAGCAAGACCUCCUGCCCUGCCAGGGAUCCCAAGGGGGCUGCCAAGGAUCCCGAGGGGAAUGACACAGAUGCUUGUCCACUCAGCUCUAGUGCCAGCCUGGAAACGCUUGAAAAAAACAAAGAGCUUGGUGAUGGUGAGACUCAGAACAGGCAGGGGGGAGAGCAGGGUUCAGAGGAGAAGGACCCUUUGUGCCUGGAGUGCAAGGUCACCAGGAGGGACCCAUCUCCCAAGGAGCUGGUGAUGUACCUCCAUGCCCUGCGCUACAAGGGAGCAGAGUUUGAGUACUGCUCCAAGAUGCCCCAGUGGGCAGUGGAGGACUGGGAGGAAUGACCAAGGACAUCUGACACCUUUGGACACUGUUGGCGAGGAAGGUGUCUGGUAAAGACCCAAACUGACUUUUGCCCAUGUGGUUGAGAUGAACAAACUGCCUGUGACUUGAGAUGGGGUGGGAAGGACUGUUGGGACUCAGGAAUUGUCCUGACUAGGCUGAGCUGGAGCCCCUUCUUCAUGCCUCUUACACCUGAAUCAUGCUGCCCUUCAGAGAUCCUGCAUCUGAGGGCAACAAACACUGAUUGGCAGGGACAGCUUUGCCUUUCCCCUCAGCCUGCUCUGGGGCUGAUGUCAUUAUCCACACAGAUAACUAACAGAUAAUUCUUGUGUCUUACUGUGAGAGCUGCUGAAAUGUCCUCCAAGAUGCUGGGUAUCAGCUGAUACAAACCUGGGGUUACUGUUUUUUGUCAGACUGGUUGUAAAACCCAAACAUGAUCACUGUAAGGGGAACUCAAAGCACUGUGAAGCUGCUUUAUGUUGUGCUUCCUUUGUUCAUGAAGCAGACUUGGCUUUGGCAUCACUCUUUCAGUAUUCAUUCAAAUAGUUACUUAAAAUUAGUAACUGUAAGGACUGAUCUCUGUAUUUGGCCUGUUUUGAGAGGUGCUAUUCCUCAGAUUUUGUCAGGUUUAUAAGAUGACUGAAUAGGGUUGUGUUUUUUUUUCUUUCCUGUCUUUUCUGUCACCUCCCUUUUGACCCAUCCCCUGCCUUCUCACAAACAUCUGGUUCUUCUGUUAAGAAAUCAUCUCCAUCCCUGAGCAGAAAGCCAAAGCAGAGGUCACUCAGUCUACUUGUUUAAAUUAAAUUGCAGUAUGGGCAGGUUGCUCCUGAUGGGUGUGGAAGUGUUA